CCGACCCCUCCGGGCCCCCACCCCCAGCACACGUCCUCUCCACGCUCCUCCCCUCGGAUUUCACCUCCUCCAGGCCGCUGCCCAGGCUGCCACCCACCCUCACCGGACUGAGCCCCCUCCCCAGGGCCACGCCUUUGGAUAACAUAAUGCUGCCCUCAGAAUUAGAUGUCGUCCGUCCGUUCAUACCUCCUUGGCUGGGAGAACCCUUAAGCAAGUUAGCCUCUCCGUGCCUUCUUUUUCUCCUCUAUAAACGGGGGACUCAAACGGGAACUGACCCUUAGGGCACGGAGGAUGGAACAGGAGUGCGGGUCCGCGUCAGCUGCGCCGGAGCGAGCGCUCUGUGUCUGAGCGUGUUUAUAGUUCCCAGCACUGCGGACUGAACGUGGACCGUGGCCCUCCCCACCACCCCUGAGACCACCGGUCGUGGCCCCCAAGGCCUCACUUUUGAGAGAUGAACUGGCUUGGCAGCAGCAUCAACAGAUGCCCAGAUGCAGGACCUGUCCCUUUGGGGGGGACCGGAAGCCAUCCUGGAAGGGGGACGGGUUCUGGCUGGGGAUGCAGCAGCCACAUAAACCCGAUGUCAGCGAGCGAAAUCAUGGAGUCUUCCGAGACCUUCAUGAGACAUCUGCCCAUCACACCAGGCUACAGUGGUUUCGUGCCCUACCUUAGCUGCCAGCAAGCCACCAGUAAGGACAACAUGGCCCACUGUCUGAAGAUCUUCCAGGAGAGCACACAGCACUAUAAAAACCAGAUGGAGGAAUUUCGCUGCUCGACGGCCACUGCCCGGAGGCUGAAGCCCGUCUGCUCCGAGCAGACCGUCCUGCGGGCGCUACAUCAAUACUAUCGGCAAUACCACCCCCUGAGUCUGGAAUGCAAAAACAUAAAGAAACCUUUCCAGGAGCCCCCGAUCCCUGGCUGGGCUGGCUACCUCCCAAGAGCCAGGGUCACCGAAUUGGGCUGUGCCACGCGAUAUGCUGUCAUGGCCAGAAACUGCUACAGGGACUUCCUGGGCAUCGUGGAGCAGGCCAAGAGGGCACACCUGAAGCCAUUUGAGGGAAUAUAUGGAGAUGGGUCCACACAACCUCCUCCUGCCCCUUCUCCAGAAGUUUUGCAGCAUGGAGGGCUGCUGCCCAAGUAUCUGGAUUUUUCUCUCCCAGGUGGGAGCUGUCUUGGCCACGGAAGACUGCUGACAGAGGACCCCGGACCUCCAGUGACGUGUGGCUGUGCCCAAAGGACAAAUAUGUCGUGCAACGGGAAGAUUUAUCUCGAGCCACUGUCCUCAGCAAAGCAUGCAGAAAGCUGAUGCAGACAGCCUCCCAGGGAGAGGUGAACUUAAAGGGGGACUCAGAAGCUCACCAUUCUUGCAUGAGAACCAGCCCCUCACCCACACCCAACAGGCACUAGGGAAAUUUCAAAACCUAAGAAUCCUUUCAGUGGCCACCUGCACCCUGUCUGUUUGGCAAUAGCGUGUCAUCAAUGAUAAAGAUCUUUCAUUGUGUGGGAAUAAAGAGGAUACUUCUCAGCAUGCUGAAGGUUUUUAUGGGGGACGGGUUUCUAGGUUAUGCUGACCUGGAGAAGAGCCAGGGUGAGGCCGCUCUCUUCCUUA